AUUGAAGACACCGACAAAACCUGCCGGUGCAAGCCUAUGAGCCUGCGGACCCCUCAGCCUGAUAACCCCAAGACUCCUGGGUUGCAGACUCCUGCGCCAAGGCCUACCCACUGUCCUCAUGCUGAGCUCUCCUUGCCGUCUGUGGCUCCUGGCCGUGACCCUCUCCUUGGCUCCUGGAGCCCAGCCCUUGGCUCCUCAAGAUUCGAAGGAAGAGGAGGAAAAUGAGACCCUGCGGCCACCUUUGCCGGCUGUCCCCUGCGACUACGACCCCUGCCGCCACCUGCAGGUGCCCUGCCAGGAGCUGCAGUGGGCCGGGCCCACAGCCUGCCUGUGCCCCGGACUCUCCAGCCCGGCCCAGCCGCCCGAGCCCCCGCGACUCGGGGAGGUGCGCCCGGAGGCCGAGGAGGGCCGUGCGGUGGUCCACUGGUGUGCUCCCUUCUCCCCCGUCCACCAAUACCGGCUGCUGCUUUGGGAAGGCAGUGGGGAUCCCCAGGAGGGCACUCCCCUGAACUCGACUGUCCGAAGAGCAGAGCUUAAGGGACUGAAGGCCGGGGGCAGUUAUGUCAUUUGUGUGGUGGCCGCCAAUGACGCUGGAGAAAGCAGGGUGCCCGAGGCAGGAGGGGAGGGCCUUGAGCAGGGAAGCCAGCCUUCCUUCGGGCCUUGUGGCCGGUUCAUCAUGCCCCCCAGACCUCGCACUCUGAUCCAUGCGGCCCUGUGGGUGGGCACAGCCCUGGUCCUGAUCAGCUGUUCAGCCCUGGUCUGGCACUUCUGCCUGCGCCAGCGCUGGGGCUGCCCACGGCGAAGGGCCAUCUAGGCCCAGGUGAGGCUCUGAAGGGGGCCUGGGGAGCAUCUCCUGCAGAGCAAAGCUUCUGCCUGGAGAGCUGGGCCCCGGAUGCAGGGCAGGAGUGGGUGAGGGUCCGGCUGCUGCCCCGCUGAGGCUGGAUGGCGGGGCAGAAAGCCAUCCAUAGAGCUGGGAGCCCUAGAGCGGGCUGUCAGAUCUCUGGUCUGAGAGCUCGUUUAGAUCCCAGACUUCACUUGAUUUCUGAUUCAGGUUUAGGAGAGACCAUAGAGGGUUAGCAAAUUUUUCCAUAAAGGGUCAGAUAGUAAAUAAUUUAGGCUUUGCUGUCCAGGAGGAUAAAAUCCCAGAUAUUAUGUGGACAACUGUAUAACCAUUUAACAUGUAGCCAUUGAAAAAGAUAAAAACCAUUCUUGGCUUGUGGGCCUUACAAAUCAGGCCAGGGACCUGGUGAUUUUAGUCCACCCCAUCACAUACCUUCAAAUGGGGUCUGCCUUUUUGGGUGGCUUCAGUGGCAUAUCAAGAAUAAGCUUCAGCAGGAUGGGAGUUUGGGGCCAGAAACCAUCCCCUUCUCCUUGGGCCUUUUGUUUAGUUAUUGAGGAUGAACACACCUGAGUCAGAGUCCACUUGUUUCUGAGGAGGGUGGAAAUAAAUGACUGACAUAGGGUGGAAAGGAAAGGAUUGCUCCAGCUGCUAUUUGGAACCAGCCUGCAUGUCAGCUGGUAAAAAAACCUCACUACUGUAUACCCACUGUAUGCCCACUAUGAUAACAUUAAAGGAAACUAAAUUUUCA